UAGUUUAUUCGGAUCGCGAUAAUAGUUCGGAACGCGAUUUUAUUAUCGACAACAUCUGUCAAACAUAUCUCCGGAAUUCAGUGUAUUGAAAGUGAUGAAUUUUGUGUUUAAUUUGUGUUUUUGAUUGAAUUUUUUGUGAAUUACUGUGUCUAUCCUCAUGUUACGUUAAGCUAUGUGGAUAUAAUGCAAGGCUGGUUGUUUAAAUGUGUUUUGUGUAUAAUUGAUUAGUGUCUGUUCGGAUUACACAGUUGCUUUUGGAGUAAAAGUACGCUCAAACAACCAUGUUCAACUUUAUGAAAAAAUCCACCGUCCUGGACACGGGGGGAUGUGAAGAGCGGGACGGGGAGAAAGAGAGACGGAAGAAAGAGAAGAAGGAAAGGAAAGAAAGGGAGAAAAGGGAGCGGAUAGCCGCUGGGCUGGAGGAGCCGCUGAGGCUAGAGGAGGUCCGUCGGUCGCUCAAAUUGCGGGGCAGGCGCAAAGAGAAAGAGAAACUGCCGUCCGGGAUCACAGCUGACUACACGGCGUCGCUGUUCGCUCAUCUCGAACAGGAUUCCAACUACUCCAACUACCCGCUCAUUCCUACGUCAGGGUCUAACUCGAACCUGAGCGACGAGAACAAUCAUUUGUCGCCUGGUUAUCCGUCGCAAGGCUGGAGUAAGCGCGAGGGCGUGCUGCAGUCGGACAGCUCAGAGACCUCCCUCAACUCGCUGAACAACCCCAACAACGCUAACACCAGUCCACGACAGCCUCCCAACCUACCUCCGAUACCACCGCGCCCGCCAAAGCGAGGGAUCCUCAAGGGCCCACGUCUAAGCAAUACUAGUUCUAAUUCCACCGAGAAUAACGUUCCAAGUACUGAUACUACGGACUAUGUUAACGGUCAAGAUCCUAACGUCUUAGCGAGGAACACUCAGCAGAAUGAAGUCAUAUCAUACGGCAUUCCCGCUUCAAAGAGCACUUCUUCCAGCGAUGAUCUGCAGCAAGUGCAGAACUUUACUAAGAAGGUUAUCCAUAGUCCAGUGGAAAACCAAUAUAAAAAUUACAAGAGUAAUUCCAAUCCAACGAUAACCACCCAAGAUGUUGAUGAGGCGCCAAAGACAAAUGGGAACAGCUACCUCGGAGUGACGUCCACGUCGCCAAGCGCAGAUUCUUUGACGGAUACGACCACUAACUCGUCAUUUGCUACACCUCCAUUUUCUACCUCGCCUGUGGGUGAAUCUCAGGGCUUCCACAGAUGGUCUAGGAUCAGCAACUUUGAGGAUGUCUACCUGCCCCUACCACCUCUCACUCCUCUUCAACUACCUAAGGCCCGUGUGUUGACUAUACAGCGUCAGAAAGCGCCAAGAAACGAUUUUGGGUUUAGCCUUCGUCGUGCUGUGAUUCAGGAGAGAGUUUUCAUUGGAAAUCUGAAAGAUCUGAAUGGCCAUGAAGAAAAUGGUUUGACUAAUGGUGACAGCAAGUGCAAUGGUAACUUGACUAGUGGUUUGACGAGCAAGUUGACUUAUAAGGCAGUGAUUCUCGCAGAACCAGGUUCAUAUCCAGGUUCGAGUGAAACAGGGCUAUUGCCAGGAGACAGAUUAUUGGAAGUAAAUGGGGUUAGUGUUGAAGGAAAAAAUAGAGAAGAAGUGAUCGAUUUGAUCAAGAGCAGCCAGGACUUUGUAACUGUCAAGGUGCAGCCAAUAGCGGAGCUGUGCGAGUUAUCUCGUCGUCGUGCAGCAGACGGUGGUGGUGACGUGGAUCUUGAGGACAGCAACGUGAGGGGGGGCACCCUCAGCCGCUCCGGAAGCCGUCGGUUCCACAGCAGUCAGGCAAAAUCAGAAGAGCAGCUAGCCUGCGAGAAAGAAUGGCUGAAGGCUGGUCACAUGUGGCUGGCGCACCGUGGAGGGUUCACAGCAGUCAUGAGGGAAGCAGACGCGGACCCUGGUCGCGCCAGGGUCCGUGUGCUAGCCACUGGGGAGACCUUGACGGUGGAUGAAGAUGAUUUAGAGAAGGCCAACCCUCCCCAGCUGGAGCGCUGUGAGGACAUAGCGUCGCUGCGCUGCCUGAACGAGUGUGGGGCGCUACACGUGCUGCGCUCGCGCUACGCCGCUGGCUUGCCGCAUGCGCGCGCCGGCCACGCGCUUCUGGUGCUGGGCCCGCCGCGCCGCGCCGCUCCCGCAUAUACUGAUAAGGUAGCGGCGAUGUUCCGCGGCUGUCGCGCCGACGACAUGCCGCCGCACGUGUUUGCAGCUGCGCAGGCGGCGCACCGCUGCAUGCUGGCCUCGCGCCGGGACCGCGCCAUCGUUUUCCUCGGCAGGUCUGGAUCAGGCAAGACAUCGGCCAUGCGGCACUGUAUCUGGUACCUGGCUAGUGCGUACCCCGCGCAGGGCUCCAAACUGACCCCCGAGCGACUGGACGCUGCCUUCGACGUGCUCUACACAUUCGGCACUUCUAGGACGGGCCCCAACCCCCACGCAUCUCGCUUCGUCUCACUCUCCUCUCUUGACUUCGACGGCGGCGGCGCGCUGGUGUCGGCCUCCGUGCAGACCCUGCUGCCUGAUCUGAGGCCGCACUACGCCUCUAUAAGAGCUAUUCAUACAUUAUUCCACGGCUGCGAUGGCCGUCUCCGCCGCGAGUUGCUCCUCGACCAGGCGCCCAUCAACUCCGCCAACCCGCUGAUCAGCUGUGAGGAGAAGGCAGACGCGCCCACAGAGUUCUCAGCGCUGAAGGAAGCUCUCAAGCUGCUGGCUGUCUCCGAACAACAACAAAUGGCUGUUUGGAAGAUCGUCGCCGCUAUAUGCCAUCUGGGGUGGGCUGGCGUCGCCAAAGCGAACACUGGGUCGGGUCUUAAGUACCAGUUUGCGCACGGCGGCUGCGCCACCCGCGCGGCGCGCCUACUGGGCACUGGUGCGGACGAGCUGGCGCGGGCCGUGUUCGCGGCCGUGCCCACCUCACCGCAGCCUGGGAACAAUGCUCUCAGAACUCCAUCGCCGUCAAAUGAGCGAGAGAUCACAGGAUCGGAAGCGCUUGAAGCUUUCAUCAGCGGGCUCUACAAUGAGACCUUCAACAUCAUCGCCGCUUUUGUCAACAGGAGUUUAUCAACCUCAGCGAGAACAUCAGCUUCAAUUUUGCUGUUAGACACCCCUGGCGCCGACAACCCAAUGUGCGCCGGCCAGCAGAGCGGCGCGCCCUUGUCCAAACUGCUCUCCAACUAUCUGCAGGAGCGCCUCCAAGCGGUAUUCCACGACGCGACUCUGGUAGCCCCUCGCGAGCGCUACGCCCAGGAGGGCAUCACCCUGGACGACGGGGCCGAAGACGACUGGCUGUCAGAGACGGUCAACCCUGGCCCCAUGGUGGAACUCCUGGACAAGGCCCCACAGAAUACCAUAGUUAGAAGCUCUCAAGCUGAUCUGAGGGAGUGCGACCGGAGAGGGCUAUUGUGGUUGCUGGACGAAGAAUCCAUGUACCCAGGUUCAUCAGACGACACAUUCCUGGAGCGCGCGCUCCAACACUACGCGGCUCCCAGCCACACUCAGCAUCUGAUCAAGAAGGCACCUCACGCCAGGCAGUUCGUCUUGCAGCAUCUGCAGGGAACAAACCCGGUGCUGUACGACGUGACAGGCUGGGUGAAGGCGAGCCGAGAGAACCCUGUCACCAAGAAGGCCCUCUCCGUACUCCAGGAGAGCCAAAAUGAGGAGAUAGCCCGUCUGUCGUCGUGGGCGCGGGGUGCGUGCGGCGUUAGCUCGUGGUCGGCCGCCGUGGGCGACGCCUCGACGCUCAGGCGCGCUUCCUCUAUCAGGAGGACGCUCACUUCUGGCACGGCUGGUAUGAAGCGUCGAUCAACGGCUUUACAAGCGAAGUUCGUGGCGGAUGGCAUAGUGGACACAUUGCGCAGAUGCGGCAGCGGUGGUGUGCAGUUCGUGUGCUGCCUACUAGCCAACCACCCCUCAGAGGGUGCUGACGACGUCAACAUACCACUUUUGAGGUCACAGUUCCGCGGUUUCCAACUGCUAGACGCGGCAAGGCUGUACAAACAAGGCUUCCCGGAGCACAUGCCGCUCUCUGAGUUUGCCAGGAGGUACCGGCUCCUGGCCACAUCAGAGACGGAGUCGGCGGACAAGCCGCAGACGACGCCCGUCUCCGACCGGCAGAUCGUGGACGACAUGCUGUUGGCGCUCGACCUGGACGUCACCAGCUACCGGCUCGGCUUGACGCAGAUUAUGUUCCGUGGUGGCGUCGUCGGCGGUCUGGACGCGCGCCGCGACGCUGCGCUGGCACGCGUGCUGGUGCGGUUACAAGCGCGGGCGCGCGGGCUGCUCACGCGCAGACGUGCGCAGCGCUUGCGCACGCAACACACGGCUGCGCGUUGCAUACAACGCAACGUGCGCGCGUUCCUCGCGGUGCGGGACUGGCCCUGGUGGAGAUUACUGGUCCGCGUUACCCCACUGCUCGCCGUGCAUCGCACUGAACAUCGGCUCAAGCAGGCUCAGGAGGAGCUCGAAACGCUGCGAUCCAAGUUGGAUAAGGUGGAAGGCGAGAGGACCCACUAUAAGAACGAAACUGAAAAACUCGAGAAUAAGCUAUCGGAAGUCGGCGGCGAGUUGGCAGAAGAGCGCGCGGCGGCUGCGCUUGCGACGGAGCGCGCCGACGCGGAAGCAGCUGAACGUCUGCGCAUCGAGCGCGACAACCGCGACCUGCAGGCCAACAACCAGAGGCUGCAACAGGCAUCAGAGCGCUUGGAGCUAGAACUCUUGCACUGGCGGUCAGUAGACAACGGUGGGGCUGAGCCCUCAGACAGCGAGGGCUCUGAGGCAGACUCAGGCGUCGGAGACAAGUACAAACGGCGCUACGAGCAAGCCCACAGGGAGCUGCAACUUCUCAGGGCGCAACUCCGGAGACAGCACGAAGAUGAUUUGGAGCAGCUUGUCACUGUUAAGAAGCAGCUUGAGAAGAAGGUCCAAGAUGCAUACGAGGAGGUGGAGGAGCAGCGAGCGGUGGCUGCUCAAUGGAAGAGAAAGCUGCAGAAGCUCACCAACGACAUGGCCGACCUGCGGUCACUGCUCGAUGAACAGACUUGCCGUAACAAUCUGCUGGAGAAACGUCAGCGCAAGUUCGACGCGGAGCUAGCGGGCGCACAAGAGGAAUUGAAGCGGGAGCGGGCGGCGAAGGACAGACUCGCUCGUGACCGCGACCAAGCGCAAGCGGAGAAAUACGCGCUCGAGCAGACACUCUCUGAAGCUCGUCUAGAGCUCGAGCUGAAGGAAGAGCGACUGGCGGCGGCCACCCGUGAGCUGGAGGAGCGGGGCGGCGGUGGGGACGAGCUGACAGCGCUGAGGCGAGCCAAGACCGAACUGGAGCGCCGGCUGCGGGACCAGGAGGAGGAACUGGACGACCUGGCCGGGCAGAUACAGUUACUGGAGAGCUCGAAGCUUCGCUUGGAGAUGCUGCUGGAGCAGCAGCGCAAGGAGGCGCGGCUGGAGGCGGCGGCGCGUGACGACGAGAUGGAGGAGACGCGCGCCAACCAGGCCAAGAAACUCAAGAUGUUGGAGAGCCAACUGGAGAGCGAACACGCUGAGCGGAGUUUGCUACUCCGCGAGAGGCACGAGCUGGAACGCCGCCUCGCGUCGCUGGAGGAAACCGCGCGCGCUGAGACGCACGAGCAGGCACAACUCGUGCAGCGGCUUAAGAGGGACCUGAAGAGGUACAGGGCGUUGUUGCGGGACGCGCAGACCAUGUUGGAGCAGAAGGAGAAGGAAGGCGGCGGCAAGGCGCAGAUCAGACAACUCAAGAACCAGGUGGAAGACCUGGAGCUGGCGGUACGAGCUGCCACCAAAGCGAAGCAGGCGGCCGAGGCGGAGGCGGCCGAGGCACACGCUGCGCUGGAGGAGGCAACACGCGCGAGGAACGACGCAGCCGAACGAGCGCUGCAGGCCACGAGGGACGCGGCUGCUGCCAGGACUAUGCUGGAUGACGCUGAGGAGGAAGCUGCUGAGCUCUUAAAGAAAUACCGAGCAAGCACGAGCGCCCUCUGCGCGGCGCAAGUUGAAGCCAGGGAAGCCGCUUCGAAAGCCGACGCGGCGUUGGAAGAGGCUAGAGCGGCCAAGGACAAGCUAGCUGAGAUCUCAGCGAGACUGGCACACGCUGAGGCCGGCCAUUCGCACGGGCAGGCCGAGGCGGAGCGACGGCUUGAGUUGAGGAAUAAGGAGUUGGAAUCAAGCUUGGAGCUGGAAGCAACGGCGCGCGCGCGUCUGGAGGGGCAAUUAGCGCGGCUGCGGGAGGCGCACGAGCAGCUGGCCUCCGAGCUGGCGGCGGCGCGCGGCCGCGAGCAGCACACGGCCGACGAGCACAGGAAGAUACAGCGACAUCUACGGGAACUUAAAGAAGAAAACUCCAAUCUGAACGCCAAACUGAGCGAAGCGGCUCGAGCGAAGGCAGCGGCCGAAGCAGCGGCAGCGACCGCAGCGGCCGAAGCGGCGGCGGCCAGGGAUGAGGCGAGGCUGGCUGCGAGGCGAGCCACGGCCUUGCAAGAAGCCAUCGCUGGAGACUUGUCCAGUCCUGGAGAUUCGAGGGACACUGACAGCGAUAACGACAGCUACAGCUCAGACGAGUCUAUCGGCACGUUCCUGGCCAACCACAAGCUGAGCCCCUCGGCGCCCUCCCGCACCAGCAUGCACCUCGACUCGCAGAAAUCCCAAACGCCCGAGGGUCGCGCGAGCCGGCUGUCGUCGGGCUCCGGCAAGCAGACGAGCCCCACGAAGGAGUCGUUCGCAUAACCCGCAGCCGCCGGGCUGCUCACCAGCGCCCUGCCCGUACUCUGUGCGGUCUUCUGCUCGCGACAGACACGAGAAGACCAUCACACUGUCAUCGAGUGAAUGGCUGAACGAGUGAACGACGCACUGACACCUGUCACUUUGACAGCUGCUGUCACUUUGACAGUUCCGCGCUACACGUUCAUUUUCCGGCCAAUUGACUAGACUGUCUAACUCGAUGACCCGACUUUUUUAUAAUGGCCUAAAUAUUAUCGCUAGUGGUCUUCCAAAGUGAACAUUGGAUAUGUCAAAUGUGACAGCUGUCAGCGCUUUUGGACUUUAAACAGUGAUUAUCUUACACUAUUGGACUUUAGUCUUGAGUGGCGUUAUACUAUUGAAUUUUUCGAAUAUUGACCAUGAUUAUGUAAUAUUAUAAGAACAAAUACAAUAAUAUAUGUUUAGCUCUUUUUAAUGCUCAUUAUACAUUUUUUUGUAGACGAGGCUAUAUGCUUAUUGAGCUUCGUAAUGCUGAGCGAACAAUUUACACGUUUGAUACGGAUUUUUGUAUAAAAUCGUCGUUAUAUAAAAAUGGCGCUAGUGUUACCAGCUCUACAGGUGAAUGCAUUCCAAUAAUAUUUUAUUCAUCAUUCACUUAUGAGUGUUGCCUGUAACAAAUUCGGUAGAAAUGUGACCGAACGGCUCUUUGUCUUAACGAGUGUCGCUUCUACAGGAUUCACUAUUGUUUUGUAAAGCACUAGCACCACAUUAGACUUUGACAUUAAUUUAUGUAGCUUAGAGAUUGUCGUAGAGAAUUGUUGUCGAUAGGUAAACUGUGUAUUGGUGGCCAAAAUUGUUGAUAAACCCUUAUGGUUCGGUUACGCCCUGCUUGCGCUUGGUACUAAAUAUCUUCUCACCCAAAUCUAAUAGUUUUAUCAUAAUAGUCUUCUCAUCCAAAAAAAGUAAGUAAGUAAAAUCUUUAUUUCCUCUACAAAAACACAUGGAUACAUAAAUACAUACAGAAAUACAAUAUUUGUAGAGGCUGGAGCCUAAACUAGUAAUAAAACUAUUAAUUUUAUCAGAAUGCUCUUUUCACCCAAAUCUAUAUCCUUCUUCUUUGCGAGUCGAUGGCGAUCGAUACAAAAUUUUUGCUGACCAAUCUAUAUUAGUUUUAUCAGAAUAGUCUUCUCACCCGAAUCUAUAAGUUUUAUCAGAAUAAUCUUCUCAUCCAAAUCUAAUAGAAAUAUCUGAAUAUUUUUCAGAUUUUUUGUCGCAAUUACAAGCAAAAGUUUAUAAAGCGUAAGUAGAAUGUUAAGCUAGGAACAUAAUGGGAACGUUUUACAAUUGUGGUCAUCAAUAGACAAUCAUAGCCAGUCAGUAUUUAGACGGCCCCAAGGCGGAUAAACUUACAAAAUAAUAUUAGGUUUCUUUGUUAUUUAGUUAGCUAACUUUUGUAAAUAUCUAGAUGGCAUAUACAUUUUAUUAUUUAAUUUGUAAUUUGUGUGAUCAGACUGUUAUAAUAUGAUUUAUUUGUUACAAGUGAGUUGUUGCUUUAUAGUGAACAUUCAACAUAUCUGUUAGAUGAAUAUAACUUUUUAUCCUCUCCAUGGGACCUAAAUAGGCCACAUUGAAGCAAUACAGCUAAGAAAGCAAUUUGACAUUUGCGCAUAUAAAAGUAAGUGCGCAAAGUCAAAUAGCAAUAUUGCUUUUAAAAAUGAAUUGAUUCAAUAUGGCCCUUUUAGACCCCAAAUUAUUCUGUAAUUUUAACGUCAUUAGCGAAUCUGUGUAUCUUUAGGAACCAUUGUAAUCCACCUAAUUAAAUUAUAACUAUAUACUCCAUUUAUGUCUAAAUUUAUAUUUCUAUGUAUACCUGCGUGUCUAUAACCAUGAGACUUAUGUACUGUACGCUAAUGUGAUGAAAUGUUACUUCAUUCGAUACUGGUUGUAAAAUGAAAUAUUUAAUAAAGUAACUGAGAUCAAAAUAUA